AUGGGUGUUUUAAAAUUAAAGAGUGAUAAAAAAAAGAAGGAAAGAAAUGAGAAAGAAACAAAAAUAGACUAUCAGAAAUGUAUAAAGAAAACAAAAGUAAGAGAAAAUAUUUUUAUGAAAGGAAGUGUUGAAAAUGAUUUUGAUAUAAGAAUAUUUAUGAAAACAGAUCAUAGUUCAAAUAAAAUUCGUCAAUUAAAUUAUGCAAAAUUAGUUAAAGGGAUAAGAAAAAAUAAAAAUUUAAUACCAAAUAAUAUAGAGAAAAUUAUUGAAAUAUAUGGAUUAGGUAUAGCAGAAGAAGAUAAAAAUAUCCGAAAUUAUUCUUCCAAAAUAUUUUAUCAUUUAAUAAAUAAUAUUAAUUAUGAUAAAUUUUUUGGAAAAAUUAAAACUUGUUUAUUUCAUUCAUUAAAAAUUGAGAAAGUGGAUUUAAAAAUAUUAAAUUUGGAAUUAUGUCAUAAAUUUUUUUUUACAAAGAUUUCUUAUUGUAAUAAAUUUUUUUAUGAAUUUUUAAAUAAUAUUUUAGAUUGUUUCAUAUCACUCAGUAUCCAGAAUCAAAUAAAGAAUGUGAAAUAUAUUUUCUUGUUAUUUAAACAUAAGGCUAAAUAUAAGAGGGAAAAAAAAAAAUUGCUCCAGUUAAAGAAAAAGGGCAUAAAAAUUAUGCACGCAGAAAUAAAAAAUAAUAAAAGUUUAAAGGAUGAUAAGCAAGUAGCCAACAUGGAAUUUAAGAAUUUUAAAGAAAAUAAUGAUAACAAAAUAAAAUUUGAUAACAUAAAAAAUUUUGAUAACAAAAAAAAUGUUCAUAGUAACAAUAGUUAUAGUAGUGACGUUAGUGAUAAUAAUUAUGAACCCAUUAGUUGUCGAAAUAUGAGAAACAAUUUAAGAGAUCCGUAUUUAAUAAAAAAAGGCAUAAGAAUAAAGCUUGAUGAAAAUACAAAAAUAGAAAUAUAUAAAAAAUUAUUUCAAUGUCUUUAUAAUUUUAUGGAUGAAAUAAUAUAUAACUCGUUACAAGUUGAUUUAAUUAAUUUGUAUACACAAAUAUUGAAAAACAUUAUUUUUGUAAUAAAAAAGAAAAUAACAUUAACAUUGGAAAUUAUGUUAAUAAUAAAUAAACUUAUAAAAAAAAUUAUUCAGUUAAUUAAUGAAAAUAUAUUAAAUAUAAAAAAUGUGAAAGUUUUAAAUAUGAUAUAUUAUUUUAUUGUAUUAAUUAUAUCUUUAUGUUUAAAAGAAAGGAAAUAUUUUGACUUUUUUAAAAAAAAAAUAAAAAUGGAUAUUUUACAAUGGCUUCAUUAUACGUUUGUAAUAUAUUGGUAUGUGUUAUUAAAAGAGAAUUUUUUUAAUAUCCCAUCUGUUAUGGAAAAUGAAAAAAAUAAAAUAAAAAAUAUUUAUUAUAAACAUGAAGAUCUGUGUGAACAGAAUAUUAGUAAUAAUAUAUUAAGUGACAAAUUAAAAGCAUGUACAUCUAAUGGUGAUGAUAUAAACUGUGAUUCCAUGGGAAAUAAAUCAAGUACAAACGAAAAGAAACAUAAUAACAAUAAUAAUGAUAACAAUAAUAAUGAUAAUAAUAAUGAUGAUGAUGAUGAUAAUAAUAAUAAUAAUUUAUUAAAUGUAUGUAAUUUACAUAAUAAUAAUAUGUGUGAUGACAAAACUUUUCAUUAUAAGAAUAAUAAAAAAUAUGCGAAGAAAUAUUUCUUGUUAUUAAUAUAUUACUAUGAAAUUUAUAUGAACAGAACAAAUAAUAAUAUAGUACUAAAUUAUUAUAUAAAUAUAAAAAAAAAAAGUACUGAACAAAAUACCGAACAAAAUAAAAACUUACAUAAAACAAUUAUGAAUAAAAUUGAAGCAUAUACAAUAUCCAUGUUUCAUAAGAAUAAUGAUGAUACUGAAAAAUGUGCUGAAUAUAUUAUUAAUUAUUUAUUAAGUUUUUCAUAUAAUAGUAUUGAAAAGAUUAUUCAUUUAUGUUAUAAUAUUAUUUUAUUAUCAUAUAAAGAUAAUGUCGAUUUAUAUACAAUGAAGAAUGAAUAUUUAUAUAUACAAAAGAAUAAAAAGGAUAAGAAUAAAGAUGAUUUUAUAUUAUAUUCUUUUAAAUAUUUUACAGCACCAUUUCUUUUUUUACCACUAGUAGAUUGUACAAAGUUUAUAAAUAAUGAUUUUUUUUUGAAAAGUUUUUAUUCAUUUUUUAAAGAAGAAGAAGAAGAAGAAAAAAUUAUUAGUACUAUAAGAUUUUUACAUAAGGAGAAAGAAUAUGUGAAGAUGAUAAUUUCAAAUAGUAUGUUUGAUAACUUUAUUAAUACUUUAUUAUAUGUGUUAUAUAAUUAUAGUGACGAAUUUUUUGUGAAUAAUUGUUUGUUCUUCUUUUGUAUGUUAAAGGAAAAUCAGAGGGAUAUCUUAAAAAGGAAAGAUGAUAAUAAUAAUAAUAAUAAUAAUAAUAAUAAUAAUGAAUGUGGUGACAUGUUCAAUGUAUCAGGUGACAAUACUAUUUUUUUUAAUGACAUGGUUGAAGAUGAUAAGAGUGAGGAUGGUGAUAUUCAUAAUUUCCAAAAUAUUAUGAACAAAAAAAUGAACAAUAUUAAAAAAGUGCUAAUUGAUUAUUUUAUACAUAAAAAUAAUUCUUAUAUGUUAUCAUUUGAUAUUUUGAAAAUUUUAUAUUUCUUAUAUGAACAUACAAAUAUAAAAUUAUUAAUAUUUAUAUAUUAUUUAAUUAUAAAUUGUGUAAAUAUAUUUGAUUGGAGGGGAAAAACAAAAAAUUCCUUCUUUUUAAAUACGAGAGAAGCUAUUGUUUGUAUUAACAAAAUAAUGGGUGUAAAUUAUAUAAAACAUAUGGAUAUAUCGAAGAAAGCAAAUGAAAAUUUAUAUAUAGAUAUAGAUAACAAGAAAUAUUUAUUUGUUAUAAAUGAUGAAUAUAUAUAUAAAGAACAUUUUGUUCUUUUCUUUUUUAAAUUAAACUUGUAUGAAACAAUAAAAGUAUGUGAAAAUUGUGUAUACGAUUUGUUAGUGGAUUUGCAAAACGUACAGGAAGAAAAAAAAAAAAAAAAUCAAGAUGAUGGUGAUGAUGAAGAAGAAAAAAAAUAUUAUGUUAUAUUGAAUAAUUUAAAAUAUACAAAUAUAAUAUUAAUUAUAAAAAAUAUAUCUUAUAUUAUUGCUAAUAUGAAAUUACAUUGUUCUCAUGUGCCUUUGGAAAAUAUAAAUAUUGCAUGCAUAAAAUUGAAUUAUUUAUUUUGCCUUAUUCAAAAAUUAGACAAGGUUAAUGAAAGUGUAUGUGACAAAAUAUUUAAGAUAAUAAAAAUAAUUACCUUGUAUUAUUUUGUAUGCUUUUAUAUGUGUCCUCCACUUUUUUAUGAUACCAAUAUGGAAAUGGAUGAGAAGGAAGAUGAUAAUAAUUGUCUUAGUUAUGAUAGUAAUUGUCUUAGUUAUGAUAAUAAUUCUCUUAUUUAUGAUAAUACCUCAGGGGAAGAAGAAACAAAAAAGUUACACAAAAGAAAAUUUUGUGAAAUAUCAAAUUAUAUAGAAGAUGAUGUUCAUUUCAAAACACAUCAUAAUGAUGAGAAAAAUAAUUUGAAUGGUAUAUCAGAUAUAAGAGAUAUUGAAAAAGAAGAUGACGACAAGUAUUUUAUUUAUAAUAGAAAUAUAAAAGUUAAAGUGGACAUUUCAGUAUUUCCUUUAUUUUUAAAAAAUUAUUUUAAUAAUUAUAUGAAUAUAAAAAAUGAAGGAAAGGUAUAUGGUUUAGAGGAUAUAUUGCCUGAUUUUUUUUGUAUUGAAUUUUUUAAUAUAAUAUUAGAAACAGAAAUAUAUUAUUAUGUACCUAUAAAUAAUAAUAAGAACUUUGAAAAUGUUAUAUAUGAUAAUAAUGAAGAAAGUUAUAAUUUAAUUACUCAUAAAUAUAUUGAAGAAUUAAUAAAUAAAUAUGAAAAACAUAUUAAUUUUGUAAGUUAUAAAAAAUUAGUAUAUUUACCAAUAAGAAAAAUUAUCAAAUUAUUAAUUGUUUCUUUAUUCAAAAUGUCAUAUAAUAGAAAUAUAUUUUUUGAUCCUCUUUCAUAUAAUAUGAAAAAGGAUAUUAUAUUGAAUAUUUUUCUGGAUAAUUUGAAUUUUGUUCUGAUAUUUUAUUAUUUUGUAUCUUAUAUAAUGAAUCGAAUGAACUAUUUUUUGAAUGCUUCCUUUUCACUGAGAAAUUAUUAUUCUUUCUGGUUUUUUGUGGAUAUCAUUCUGUGCUGCUAUUGCAUUAAAGAAGAAAAGAUGAAGAAACUAAAAUUAUCAUGGUCAAAGGAAUAUGAAGAAAUUAAUCUCAUAUUAAAUGAAGCAUUAAUAGAUUUAAAUAAAAAGUUGAAAAAUAUGCUGGAUCUUAUUUUAAAACAUGAUGAAAGAUAUAAUUUGAUAAAUAAUAUAGGGAAGAUUUAUGAACAAUUAUAA